AUGAAGAUAGAUGAGAAGGUUGUCUCAUAUUUCGAAUCGAGCAGCUCACCUGUGGACAAAGAAGGCUAUCUCUUUAAGAAGGGUGACUUCAGGCCAUCCUACCACAAGCGUUGGUUUGUUCUGAAGGGCAACCUCCUGUUCUACAAGGACCACCCGGAUGACCGAGACCUGGUCGGCCUCAUCGUUCUGGACGGCUGCACCGUGCAGCUGUGCGAGUCCGACGAGCAGUUCGCCUUCUCGCUGGUGUGGAGCGAGCCGGAGGGACUCCGGCCUUACAAGUUCGCCGCCGAGGACCAGGCCGAGCAGGAGAGCUGGAUCAAGGCGCUGCUUUCGGCCAACCACGGGUACUUGGCGCUGCUGGUGAUGGACCUGGAGACCAAGUACAAAGAAACAUUAGAGGCCUUGUUCAGUGACCCGGCCAACGGUGCCGCCACCCCAAGCGCGGGACUUCAGCUGCAAUCGUCCACUCCGAAGUUGACCCGUCAUCCAACUGCAGGCGCAACCGCCACCUCCGUCCCGAAACUCCAAACCCCGGCCGUCGCCCUCAAAUCCACCAUCAAGAAGUCCCCUAAACUGUGGCCCAAGAGAACCGCCAACGUGGCGCCCAUCGACGGCCCCCCGCCGCCCGCAGGCGACUGGUCGGCGGUGCGUUCGGGGACCAUCCAAGAAGAAUUUAGCAAAUUGCACGAGGAUUUCGGAAAGGAAGUGAAGGAACUGAUCGCCGAUUGGUCGAGAAGCGGACGCUCCGCCCAAGUGACGCUCAAGGAGAACUUGAUAGAUUUUAGCAGUUUUGAGUAA